AGGGGGCUGGCGAGCGGUGCUCCGGGAGGGCUGUCAGGCGGGCCAGCGGCGGAGCGGAGCCGGGCGGAGCGGAGCGGAACCGAGCCCGGGCAGUGACCGGCACGGAACAAGACCGGAAGGGAAAAGGGGCUGCCUCUCUCCACGCCCGGCUCGGUGUCUCCAUUUACUCUAAGACGGCGCAACAAAAUGCCCUUUAAUGAUGAGAAGCGCUCGGUGAACGAUGACCCGACAAGCGACUCGGACUCUUCUCGGAUGUCGGAGAGCGCAGCUUCCCUCAGUGACUAUGAGUGUUCCCGGCAGAGUUUCACAAGCGACUCCUCGAGCAAGUCCAGCUCUCCAGCCUCUACAAGCCCGCCCAGAGUGGUGACGUUUGAUGAAGUGAUGGCUGCCGCGAGGAAUAUCUCCAACAUGACGCUUGCUCAUGAGAUUGCUGUGAAUGAGAACUUUCACGUCAGUCAGGGAGCCCUGCCUGAGAAUAGCCUGGCAGGUCGAGUGAAACAUAUCGUUCACCAGGCUUUCUGGGACCACCUGGAGGCGGAACUCAGUGAAGAUCCUCCUGAGUAUGAACACGCCAUCAAGCUUUUUGAGGAAAUAAGAGAGACUCUUCUCUCUUUUCUGACUCCUGGUGGAAACCGACUCCGGACCCAGAUCAGUGAAGUUCUGGAUACCGACCUCAUCCGGCAGCAGGCUGAGCACAGCGCCGUGGACAUCCAGGGACUGGCCAGCUACGUCAUCAGUACCAUGGGCAAGAUGUGUGCUCCUGUCCGGGAUGAUGACAUCAAGGAACUCAAAGUCACUGGCAAUAUUGUGGAGCUGUUGAGACAAAUCUUCCACGUGCUGGACCUCAUGAAGCUCGACAUGGUCAAUUUCACCAUCAAGAGCCUCCGCCCCCACCUUCAGCGCCAGUUGGUGGAUUACGAAAGGACGAAAUUCCAGGAAAUCUUAGAAGAGACGCCCAGUGCCCUGGACGUCACCAAGGAGUGGAUAAAGGAAUCUGUCAAUGAAGAAUUGUUCUCUCUUUCGGAAAACACCCCCUGUCCUGGGGCUGGGAGUAGCCCCGGCCCCAGCCUGAGCCCCACCACGGUGCUAAACAACAGUUACCUGAAGCUGCUGCAUUGGGACUACCGGAAGAAGGAGUUACCUGAGACACUAAUGACAGAUGGAACCCGUCUUCAGGAACUGACAGAAAGGCUAAAUCAAAUGAAGGUUAUAGCCUGCCUGUCACUAAUUACCAACAAUAUGGUGGGCACUCUGAUAGAAGGCUUGCCUGAGCUCUCAGACCGACUGAAAAGGAUUUCCACCGUCUUACUUGAAGGAAUGAACAAAGAGACUUUUAAUCUCCAGGAGGCCUUGAAUUCCAUAGGCCUUCAGACUUGUGUUGAAGUCAACAAGUCCCUGGCAGAGAGAGGCUUAUCCACACUGAGUCCUGAGAUUCAGGCCAAUCUUGUGGGUCAGCUCUCCAGCAUCGCUGAGGGCAAUCCCAUCUGCUCCCUGAUCGAUAAACGAAUUCAUCUGUAUAUGAAGAGUCUCCUCAGUCUUCCAAGCCAUCAGAAAUGCAUGCCCCCCGUGCCUGGGGGCCUCACCGUUAUCCAGUCUGAGCUGGAGUCUCUGGGCUCUCAGUAUGCAGCCAUUGUAAACCUUAAUAAACAAGUAUACGGACCCUUUUAUGCCAAUAUCCUCCGAAAACUCCUCUUCAUCGAGGAAGGAGGGAGGACAGCAGGAACUGACCCUCCCAGCAACUAGUAGUGAACUGGCAUCGGAAAGAGGACUGGGCAUGUGAGAACAUUGUACCCAGUCCUUUCCCUACAUACGCAUUACAAGGAUUAUGGCAUAUUCCCUGUACCCCCGUCUGCCUUUCGGGGUUACCUGGGAUCUGUGUAACUCCUUUCGAGCUAGUUAUAGGGCAUAUGCCCCACACAUUCUGUCCCUCUUUGAAAACUUAUUGGAAGGAGACCAUGGUGUUUUUUGUUUUUGUUCUUUUAAAAGAGAGACUUCUGGACAGGAAACAAUUUAUGAUGGAUUCUAUCACCUGUAUGUGAUGUUUUUGUUAAAGUUUCCUCAAUCCCGUGAUCCUAAUGGCAUUAAUAUUGGCCUUAACUACUCAGAUGUGUAGGCCAGGUGUUACCCCUCCUAACUUGUCCCUUACGGAAUCUAAUUUUUGUUUUGGCACAACUUUUGAGAGGGUUAUGGGUCGGGGAACAGUGAGGAGAGUCACCAAAGGGAUCCCCAAAUCCCUCUCAUUAAAUGUACUGGCAAAAUGAAGUAAGUCAAUACAAUUGUAGCUGAAACAUACAAUUGAUUUUAUUAUUACUGGGUAAGAAGCUUCCAUAGGCUUUCCCCCUUCCCUGGGAUCUGAGCACUUCCCUGGAAAGGUUUACCUGUCAAGUACCAAACCACUUGUCAGUAUUUGUAUCCUAUCUGAAAUCUUUGAAAGCCAUGUUGUUUUGACAUCAUCGGAAAAACCACUAGGGUGUAGCUUGUUAGAAACCAAUCACUUCUAGGAAAUUUAAUGCUGGAGGCUGCAUCUUCUCUACGUGCAACCGAUGGAAAAGUCUGCAAGGCGACAGCCUUCUGUGGCGGCUGAGCUUUAGCCAAGAGGUUCCUUGUAGAUCUCAGCCAAUCAGAUGGGAAAAAUGGAAGUGAUGUUGCCUUUUAAAGGGAGCUGGAAAAAUGGAAGAGAUGUUGCCUUUUAAAGGGAGCCUUGGAUGACAGAACAUUAGGUUUGCUUGGGAGAGAAAAAGAAAGAGGGAAGGGAUCUGGGAUGUUGCCAAGCAGCAAACCUUGGGUUGUGUUUGUGUUUGUGGUUUUUUUUUACAUGAAUUUUACAUCUGAAAAGAGAAAUAAAAUGAACUUGAGCUUCUGUAUCACUUAGCUUUGAUGUCUACUAAUCUACUUUAUGUCUGUUUUAUUGGUAUUGUUAAGCAUUCAGAAUACUUUGAGAAGUUGGGCCCUCAUGGACCUUUGGUUUUUAAAGACAAGUGCAUGUUACAGAAUUUUGGUCUUCACUGAGGAUCGGGGAAAUGCACCAGCAUUAGGAUAGACCUCCCAGGGGGAUUGCUCCUCUUGUAUAAAACCAUUUCUUGAUGGAUGAUUUUUCUCAGUUAACUUGAUUGAACAUAUACUUUUUUGUAGCUUAGGGGGUUGUUUAUGUGUGAGAAGAGAGGGUUUCUUUAGUUAUUAUGUUAUUUGUCUCCUUCUCAAGUCUCUAGCUAUCCUCCCCACCACCACCACUGCUGUUCCCCUCCUCUCCCAUACAUCCUCAUCGAUUUGGGGAUAUCCUUUGGGGACUCCUUUAUGAUUUUGAUAGUUAAAGAAAAUGUCAGGGUGAAUGAGGUAUCUCUGAUCUUUAUAUGCCCAAAUCUGAGCAUAUUCACUUAUUUUCUCCCUGAAUGACCAAUUAAAAAUAUACGCCAUAUACAUGGGGACAGUUGUCCGAAUGGAACUCUAUUUCAUGGGCACAGCAAGGCACUGUGCCACCCCUCUCCCUGGCACAGCUUCCAUUCAGUAAGGUGCUGAAUAUAACUUGGUGUUUCUCAAAUUCUCUGUCCUGUUCUUUAACCCACAUUAAGGGCUUAGAAGGUAUAGCUCCAGUAAGUCACAUUUUAUCUCUUCCAGUAAGUGACCAUCCUGUUUAAAACAGGGAGAUAAGAGCAGAGCAUGUUUUUACCAUAAAGUUUGAAUCCAGUUGUGAUUCUUUUAUGCACUUAAUUUAUAUCGCAAGAAAAAAAUUUACACUUUUUAAAAAAUUACAUUUUUAAAAAAGGGCAUUUUAUUUUUAAAAAGUGACAAAAUGAGUUUGUCUCUGGAUUUAGGCAACUUGCAUUGAUGAAGGUGUCUCAGUCCCAUUCAUCCUAAGCUUGCUUAAACGUUGGCUUCCAUUUUUAAGUUUUUAAACAUGGUCAUGUUUUACUAUGCAAGGUUUAUUAAAUGUAAAACUAAUAUUUUAACGUAUCGCAUAAAUUCUGUUUUUGAAAAUUUUGGUAGGAAUCUGUUCCAUGCAAGCUGGCAAUGUUGUUGUUGCUUUUCCAGUUAAAUAUUAAAGCAUUGACUUAAAAAAUGA